UUGUCUGAGUUAAAGUCAACACUGUUCUUAUUACUGAUUUCCCUUCAUCUCAUCCAUGGUCAGAAAGAAGAAAAACGCCAAGUCCAAAUCGUCCAUUACCAACUCCAAAGUAGCUUCUGGCAAUGAAACGACUACCUCCACCUCGACCGAGGAAGUGAAUCCGCCACCAAUGUCCACGCCCUUUGGAGUAUCCGAAAAGCUGAGCAAAGAUCUCACAGAGGAACAAGACCGAUUAGAGGAAGAGCUGCAAGAAUAUAUAAUGGAAUUCACAGCAAAAGAAAAAGCUAUGAAGCAUAAGCUGCACAAUCUUGAACUGAUGAUGCUAUUCGUCAUGAAUCUUCAUCCGCGAUGGAAACGGUUGAUCGAACCCAUUGAUUACCAACUCAAGACUUGGGAAGAAGCCGCUGCUAUUGCACAAUGGCAUGCGGUCAAAUACUCUAGCUUAUUAGGCGUCAAGGACAGCCUAUUUUUCCAAUCGAAAAAGGCUAAACACGCACUGCAAACGGGUUAUUUCGUACCUCAAUCGCAUCCCAGCAAAAAAGAAGGCGCGGCAACAAGUACGACAGCAGCAAGUACGGCGUCAACGAGUACCGCGCCGCCGAGCAGACAGCGCAACCAUAAAGCCGAUCAACAACCCACUGUAGACAAGUCUCAAACGCUAAAUAACCCGCCUAAAACCACUCAGGCUGACAAGAGCAAACACUCCGCAGCAGCAUCCAGCACGAUUCCACCCCCAGUGUCAAAGCCAGCACGGGCCGUCUCGCCAUCAGUCUCCCUAUCAUCAGAAAGUUCGUCCAAAAGCAAAAAUACCGCGAACACAAGAUUGUCCAACGCAAAUGCCAAGACUCAAAGUGUAAAUAAAAUCACCGAAAAGCCGCUCGAAAAACCCGGAGUCAUCAAGAUACCAUUCUUCUCAAACGUAACACGCGUGGUAUCUUCCGACGUCAACUCUUCAGAUUUAUGUCGUAAUAUUCCCAAAGAACAUCAGAAUGCAAGUCUACCGUGCUUGGAGUUGGAUUUCAAGGGAAAGAAAAUGCUUGCCUUGGUAUCCGAGGCUUGGGGUUACUCUGCUAUAUCAAGCGCGCUUGUGACGAGACUCGAUGUACCUGUAGAUUCCAGCCAGGAUUUUGUAAUUGCAACGGAUUUUGGCUAUGUCACUGAUACGUAUGGCCAGGUGGAGCUUGACUGGGUGAGUCCCGCUAGUUCCAAGCAUGUCAUACCCAAACUUCGCCUGCAAGCCCUGCCGAGUAUCUAUGGCGGGAAAAUUGAGAUGGUUUUAGGAGCAGAUUUCUUUGUACUUUGUCAGGCUUCAGUUGAUAUGAGGGAAAAGGUGGUACGCUUUAAAAAUGCAAAAGCGCCUCUCAUUAUGAAGAAAUUGUAAUAAAACGUUGCGUCCAUAUCGCGCGCAUGUCUACCCAAUGGUGGAGUGUCAAAAUUUCUUGUGCCACAUGAAAAUCGAUUUGCAAUAAAAGAAAAAAAG